GAAGAGCGAAGCGUGCUGAGGGAGAUAUAGAAAAGAAUGAAAACGGAAAUGAAAAGGGCAACAGAGGGGGAGGAAUCAGUGAGAAGUGAUAUAUGAGUGUGUGUGAGAAGAGAAGAAAGGCGUCCUGCUCCUUGGAAGGCAUGAUGAUGAAUGUGGCGCGGAUCCAUGACAAACACAAGCUGAAGUCCUUCUGGGAGCAGAGGAUCAUGCAACACAGCCAGCAGAUGGACGAGGAGGACAGCCGAAAGAAGACCAGCGCUCUGACAAGGCUGAGGGAGCAGUGGUUGGUCAUGUUGGAUCAGAGGAACGAGCACCAACAGAGCUUCUUUGAGGAAAGAAUAAGACGAUCUCAGAAGGCUCAGCAGCUCCUCGCAGAGGUCGAUUCACCUUUGCCAUGAUUCUGAGAUCCAACAGAGGAAGAAACACAAAAGGGAAGCACUGCAGGGAUGUGAGGAGGAUUUAAUGCCUAAGUCCUCUUCAUGGAGAAGCUUUGUAUGUCAUACUCCCUUUUAACUUGUCUCAGGCCAUUGCAUGGAUAAAACUGGAUUGUUCCGGUUGUCUUGAAAGACAUUUGGCCUCUCAGCCGAGCAGUCUUCAUCACUUCAUGCACAAAGACCAGAUAGGACAGCCCAUGAACUGAUGACGACUGCGGAGAUGGGUGGCCAAAUGUCUUCGGAGACAACCCGAACAGUCCGUUUGCCAUUCAUUCAGUGCCCUCCGGGUAGAACAACCUGGAUGAAUGAAAAUAUUCACAGACAUGUCCCGUUAGCUAAUAGCUACACUUGCUUAGUCAUUACUAGACGGGUUACCUUUGAACAAAGUAUCUGUACUGAUGAA